AUGGCACCACAAAUUCCCUCUCAGCAAUGGGCUCAGGUCUGUCCCAAAGCAGGUGGCCCACUCGAGUACAAACAAGUUCCUGUUGCUUCGCCAGCAUCUGAUGAAGUCCUCGUCAACAUCAAAUACUCGGGUGUCUGCCACACCGACCUCCAUGCCAUGAAGGGUGACUGGCCUCUUCCCUUGAAGACGCCCCUUAUUGGCGGGCAUGAGGGCGCAGGUGUGGUCGUGGCAAAGGGCGAAUUGGUCUCUGAAGUCAACAUCGGUGAUCAUGUUGGCGUCAAGUGGCUUAACGGCUCUUGCUUGUCGUGCGAUUUCUGCGAGCAGGCUGACGAGCCGCUGUGCGCUAAGGCGCAGCUGAGCGGGUACACUGUGGACGGUACAUUCCAGCAGUACUGUAUCGCGAAGGCAGCGCACGUAUCGCCCAUCCCGAAGCAUGCGUCACUGGAAGAGGUGGCACCCGUAUUGUGUGCAGGCAUCACAGUAUACAAAGGCCUAAAAGAGGCUAACGUUAAGCCAGGAAACGUCGUGGCUAUUGUAGGUGCCGGUGGUGGCCUCGGUGCCUUAGCACAGCAGUAUGCUAAGGCAAUGGGACUACGGGUCCUUGCUAUCGAUUCAGGAGACGAGAAGAAAGAGUUGUGUGAGAAGAUGGGCGCGGAAAAAUUCCUCGACUUUACCAAAACCGACGACAUUGUGAACGAAGUUAAAUCGGCGUCUCCGGAUGCCCUAGGGCCCCAUGCUGCGCUCCUUUUGGCUGCUGCAGAACUCCCCUUUCAACAGGCCACGGCCUACGUACGGCCACGAGGGACCAUUGUUGCUAUUGGCAUGCCUAAGAAUGCCUACUUGAAAGCCCCCGUGUUCCAAACCGUGACCAGAAUGAUAUCAAUCAAAGGUAGCUAUGUAGGUAACCGGCGAGAUUCGAAAGAAGCAAUUGAUUUCUUUAGUCGAGGCCUAAUCAAGGUACCCAUUAAAACGGUGCCACUGGAAGAGCUGCCAAAGGUAUUUGACCUCAUGGAGCAAGGGAAGGUCGCAGGCCGUUAUGUUCUGAAGAUGCCAGAGUAA